GUCCACCAAGCCAGGUACACAAAGUGUAAACUGUAAAAGUGAAGUGAAAAUAACAUGCCGCCCAAGACCAGUGGAAAGGCAGCCAAAAAGGCUGGAAAGGCUCAGAAGAACAUCACCAAGAACGACAAGAAGAAGAAGCGCAAGAGGAAGGAGAGCUAUGCCAUCUACAUUUACAAGGUUCUGAAGCAAGUCCACCCUGACACUGGCAUUUCGUCGAAAGCGAUGAGCAUCAUGAACAGCUUUCCUGCAUAG